AUGAACCUCCCCGUGACUCCCACUGGCCGGAGAGCUGCUCUUCUGCCGCUUUGUCUGCUCUUCCUAAAGACCUGGGUGCCAGUGCACAGCUACCUCUACAACAACCGCUAUGCCGGUGAUCAAGUAAUACGGCUUGUUCCGGAGAGUGAGAGAGAAGCACAAGCACUGAAUGCCAUAUUUCACCAGCUUACGGUGGACCUGUGGCAGCCCAGCAGCAUCUUACACAUCUCAGAGGGUACAGUCACAGAUGUACGUGUUCCAGGGAACAGUUCACAAAUUCUGCUACCCUACCUGCAACAAGCAAACAUCAAAUACACGAUCAUCAUAUCUGAUCUACAGAAAGCGAUAGAAAAACAAAGUCGUUUGCGAUCAUGUAGGAAUCAUAGAUCAGUACCAGGAUACAAUUAUGAAGUGUAUCACUCACUGGAAGAAAUUCAAAGUUGGAUGUAUCGUCUGAACAAAACUCAUUCAGAUCUCAUUCAUAUGUUCUCUGUUGGAAAAUCAUAUGAAGGGAGACCUCUGUUUGUACUAAAGUUGGGUAAAAGAUCACGGCCUUACAAGAGAGCUGUCUGGAUAGACUGUGGCAUUCAUGCAAGAGAAUGGAUUGGUCCUGCCUUCUGCCAAUGGUUUGUAAAAGAAGCUCUUCAGACAUACCAGAGUGAUCCUGCCAUGAGAAGGAUGCUAAAUCAGCUGUAUUUCUACAUCAUGCCAGUAUUUAAUGUGGAUGGAUACCAUUUUAGCUGGACCCAUGAUCGAUUUUGGAGGAAAACGAGGUCAAAGAACUCACAGUUUCAUUGCCAUGGUGUAGAUGCUAAUCGUAACUGGAAAGUGAAAUGGUGUGAUGAGGGGGCUUCCUUUCACCCAUGUGAUGAUACAUACUGUGGUCCCUUUCCCGAGUCUGAGCCUGAAGUAAAGGCUGUAGCUCACUUUCUUCGCAAACGCCGGAAACAAAUAAAAGCCUAUCUGUCUUUUCAUGCAUAUGCUCAGAUGUUGCUGUAUCCAUACUCUUACAAGUAUGCAACAAUUCCAAAUUUCAGCUGUGUGGAAUCUGCAGCUUAUAAUGCUGUUAAUGCUCUUCAGUCCGCUUAUGGUAUAAGAUACAGAUAUGGCCCUGCUUCUAGCACUUUGUAUGUGAGCUCUGGUAGUUCUAUGGACUGGGCCUACAAAAAUGGCAUCCCUUAUGCAUUUGCAUUUGAGCUGCGUGACACUGGCCAUUUUGGAUUUUUACUUCCUGAGACUCUGAUCAAACCCACUUGUACAGAGACCAUGCUAGCAGUUAAAAAUAUAACUAUGCAUUUGCUAAAGAAGUGUCAUUGAGAGUUAUAUUUGGGAUCCAGAACUUAGCUAAUGUUUUACUUCAGGUGUUUAUUAAAUAGACUGUCAAGUCAUUGCAAUUCUAAAUCUG